GUCGCUCUGUGUGACGUCAUCAUCAGCAUCAUGGCGGCGAGAGCAGGGAAGCAGCAGAGCCGCGUGGGGAGGAAGAGCGGCUCCGGGGAGCAGGACGAGGACGAAGAGCCGCUGCAGGCCGUGCUGAUCGCCGACAGCUUCAACCGCAGGUUCUUCCCCAUCACUAAAGACCAGCCCAGGGCUCUCCUCCCCCUGGCCAACGUCUCCAUGAUUGACUAUACUCUGGAGUUCUUGACGUCUACAGGUGUGCAGGAGACGUUCAUUUUCUGCUGCUGGAUGUCCAACAAGAUAAAGGACCAUCUGCUGAAGUCCAAGUGGUGUCGUCCCAGUUCUCCAAACACGGUGCACAUCAUCACGUCAGACCUGUACCGCUCUCUGGGGGACGUGCUGAGGGACGUGGACACCAAAUCCCUUGUCCGCUCCGACUUCAUCCUGGUGUAUGGAGACGUGGUGUCCAACAUCGACCUGUCCCACGCCCUGCAGCAGCACAAACUGAGACGUAAACAGGAGAAGAACGUCUCGGUGAUGACGAUGAUUUUCAGAGAGUCGUCACCCGGCAACCGAACACGCUGUGAUGAGGACGACAUCAUCAUUGCUGUAGAUACCAAGAGUAACCGAGUGCUCCACUAUCAGAAAACGCAGGGGCUGAAUAAGAUCCACUUCCCCAUGAAUAUUUUCCACAGUGGCAGCGAGGAGUUUGAGGUUCGUCAUGAUCUGCUGGACUGUCACAUCAGUAUCUGUUCCCCACAGGUAGCUGAACUCUUCACUGAUAACUUCGACUAUCAGACCAGGAACGACUUCGUACGUGGGAUUCUUGUCAACGAGGAGAUUUUGGGGAAUCAGAUCCACAUGUUUGUGAGUAAAGACGGCUACGGCGCACGAGUCUCCAACCUGCACAUGUAUGACUCCGUGUCCUGCGAUCUGAUUGGCCGCUGGGCGUAUCCCAUCACACCGGAGGCUAACUUCUCGGAUGAGGAGGGGCGGAGCUGCACACACUCACGCCACAACGUUUACCGUGAAGUGGGCGUCGGCCUGGGACAUGGCAGCCUGAUGGAGGAAAAUGUUCUGAUUGGACGAAACACGGUGAUCGGCGCCAACUGCAGCCUAUCGAACACCGUGAUCGGGGCAAACUGUCUCAUCGGCGAUGGUGUGGUGUUGGACCGAGCGUAUAUCUGGAACAAUGUUCGUAUCGGUGACGGUGUGACGGUUCGUCAGUCUGUGAUCUGUGAUGGAGUGGAGGUGAAACACGGAGUCACACUCAAAUCACAGUGUGUGCUCGCCUACAGUGUGGUGGUGGGGCCGGCCAUGUCUCUCCCUGAGGGGACGGUCGUAUCUCUGCAUCACCCAGAUGAGGAGGAGGAGGACGAGGAAGACGAGUUCCUGAGUGACAGUAAUGAUGUCAGUGUCCAUAAAGACAAGACCAGACACAAGGCGUAUAACCCGGCUGAGGUGGGCUCUGAAGGACGGGGCUACCUGUGGAAGAACAGCAGCAUUGAUGAUGCGGAAGAGGAGGAGCUAACACAGUGCAUCUGGGGUCUCGUUCUGAAGUCCGAUCCUGACAGUGAGACAGAGAGCGAGGCCAGUGAAGGGUCCCACGAUCCUGGGAGCCGCUCUGAGUCACCUGAACUCGACGAUGUUAAAUUGUUUCAGAACGAGGUUCUCGGCACUCUGCAGCGAGGUCUGGAGGAGAACAUCAGCUAUGACAAUCUGGUUCUGGAGAUAAACUCACUCAAGUACGCAUAUAAUAUCUCUCUGAAGGAGGUGAUGCAGAUUCUCACUAAAGUGGUUCUCGAGUUUCCUUUUCAACAGCACGGAGCUCGCAUCACUGCAGCCCAGUACUCCACUCUACUGCUGCCUUUGUUGAAGAAGUGGGCUCCGGUGUUUAAGAACUACGUGAAGCGAGCUCAGGAUCAAGCACACUGUCUCGCCACUCUGGAGGAGGUACUCAUGGAGCACGAAACACACUGGCCCGCCCUGGCCAAGGUGUUGAUGAGUUUGUACCAAUUGGAGAUUCUGGAUGAAGACUCCAUUAUGCGGUGGUUCUCUCAGGGAACACAGACUGAGCCGAGCAGAACCCUGCGCAAGAACCCUGGGCUGCUGAAGUUUAUCCAGUGGUUGGAAGAGGCUGAGGAGUCUUCAGAGGGAGAUGACUGAGCACCACAUCACGCACUGUGUGUGUGUGAGAGAAGCAGAACUGACUAUCAAUAAUUAUUCAUGCUAAUGAGGGAAACAUGACAUUAACAUGUACAAUGUCUUUAUUAGCACUUAAUCCUGCUUUAUGAUGCUUUUGUAAAGUUGCUUUAGCUGUGUGAGUUUUUGUUACCUUUUUUGUGACCUUGGUGUUAAUCCUGAUUCAGUGAAUGGACCUGGGGUGAAAUAUGAUGUGUAGUAUUCCUACAUUUUGAUUGGUAGCUGUGAGACUUGUUUAAAGGCUGAAAUGAAA